AUGUCGGACGCCGACCAGGACUUUGACCUGUACGGCGAUGACCUCUACGAGGACUCGAUGGCCAUCAAGGCUGAAGAAAACCCACAGCCCUCCACGUCUGUCAAGACUGAGGCGGACCAUACCACCGGAGCAUCGCCAGCGACCAACGGCGGCGCGGCUACCGCUUCAGCAUCUGCAAAUGGAAGCGGUACAGGCGCGUCUACGUCCGGCAAGCGGCAGCGCGAGGACGAGGACCAAGAUGUUAAGCCGCAGCAACACCAGCAGCAACAUCAGCAGCAACACCAGCAGCCAACAUCGGCGCAGCACUCUCCGCUCCCCGCACCGUCCACGUUCCCCGCCCAGCCUGCUCCGCUGCGCGGCACGUUAGCAGGCAUCCCCAAGGUCUCGGACCCCUCGAUCCAAAAUGCCCUCUACGUGGGCGAUCUGCACUGGUGGACCACCGACGAGGACCUUCGUCAGGCCGCCAACGACGUCGGUGUCCCCCUCACACUCGAGGACGUGACUUUCUCCGAGCACAAGGUCAACGGACGUUCCAAGGGCGUCGCCUUUGUCGAAACCGACAGCGAGGACGAGGCAAAGAAACUUAAGCAGUGGUUCGAGAGCAACAACUUCCAGGGCAAGAGCGUCAACGUCACACUCACCACGAGCGCCAAUGGAAACCCUUUUAGGACGCUGCCCAAAGGAGGCGGCAUGGGCGGCGGAGGACGCGGUGGCGGCGGCAUGGGAGGCAUGGGCGGCAUGGGCAUGGGGAUGAUGCCAAACAUGAACAUGGGCAUGGGCAUGAUGGGCAUGAUGGGCGGCCCGCCCGGUGCGCCCGGCGGUCACUUUAACCCCAACUUCUUCGGCGGACAGACGCCACCAAACGGAGGCGCCGGCACCACCAACAACGGCAGCAUGUCUCCCCAGAACCACGACGACCGCGAACGCAAGCGGCACCGCGAAAACUGA